ACGGUGGGAUUUUCCCUGUCAUUUGCCUCGUGGGAUGGCGUGGGAAAGAGGAAGAGGGAACUACCGGUAGUCAGCCGUAGCUCAUAUGCCGUGAGACCGGUGUAGGGUCCUCUUUUGCUCGUGCUUGUGUUUGCCUCAGGUGAUCAGCCCGCCAGCCCGCGCUCGCAAUUGGAAAGCAGGUCAGGUCAAGAUGGUGGACAAGGGGAAGAGCCGGUCGAAGGACAUCGUCACGCGGGAGUACACGAUCAACCUCCACAAGCGGCUCCAUGGCUGCACCUUCAAGAAGAUGGCUCCGAAGGCCAUCAAGGAGAUCCGCAAGUUUGCGACGAAGAUGAUGGGAACUGCCGACGUGAGGGUCGAUGUCAAACUCAACAAGCACAUUUGGAGCAGGGGCGUGAGAAACGUACCGCGACGGGUACGGGUCCGCAUUGCCCGCAAGAGGAACGACGACGAAGAUGCCAAGGAGGAACUUUACUCUUAUGUCACCCCGGCCGACCUGCCGCCUGAGGGUUUCUCCAAUCUCGGAGUCAAAGUAAUCGAAGACGAAGAUUAGAUUUGUGCGGCGCAAAAGAAGAGGAUUGAACAGCGAGAGAUGGGGGAGGGGGAGGUAGAGGAAGAUUAGGGCAUGCCAUGGUAUGGUCAGUACCCGUGUACAGUGAAGCUCUUUCCUUUCCGUGACGGUGACGAUUACUCUCAGGGACUCUCAGGGAGUGGAAAGAGCUCUGCUGACCUCAGCGGAGUCGAGGAAAUGUGCGUAGGGAGAGGUAGAGGUAAGUAGGGAUAUCAUUUGGCGAUUUGGUGAUCUCCCGCGUACAGAAAAAUAUCAUUUGGUGAUUUGGUGAGAUCUCCCGCGUACAGGGAAAAGCGAUAUUGUUUGGAGGCGAGAGUUGGGACGGUCGUGAUUGUUAGGGAUUGAAACGAGAGGUUGAUUUGCUUCGGGCUUCGAGAAGAAUCUUCAGUUAAGGGGGUUGAUUCCGAGUCUUUUUUUGCCUUCAUAAUGAGAAUGUGGCUCAUUCUGACGCCUCUCUUUUACCUUCUUUCCUCCGGUUUUCUCUGUGAGCUCGGUGUUCGUGUCGUGGGUCCGUCUGGUGAUUUCUUCCAAUGCCUCUCUUUAGCUUUUUUACUCUGGUUUUGCCUGUGCGCUUUGUGUUCGUGGGUCCCUCUCUGGUGGUUUCUUUAUCUCCUCCACUGCGAUCGCUGACAGUCGCUGGCAUCGUGUACUUGAGGCUGGCAAUCGAAAGGUUGGUCGGUUUGUUUCGUUUUCUGCGUUCUGAAUCGUUGUUGUUGUGAUGUAUUCGUCAUGAUUGGGUCAAAGAUCUUGAAAGAUUUUGUUUCUCGCUCUCAGCGACUCUCAAAAUAUAUCUGUGGUGCGCAAAGAGUUCUCGGCCUUCAUCAUAAUUGGAACGACGUGACAACGAAGGGCGGUUUUCAGACGAGUGUGGUUAAUCUUAACCCUAAUCUCACUCUGUUUUUUUUUUUUACCAAUUUCUGCCGCCAGCACUACGCGCUGAGGCAGUGAGCAGCAGUGCCGAAGAGCUAUGCUGAGAUUCGGGUCUCGCCUUCCUCUGCAUCGCGGUCUCCUGUAUCCCACUCAGAAAAGCUUGGUCGUAUUGAAAUGUGCUUAGGGCAUCUCACAAACGUCGCCCCCUGAAGAGGUUCGUUGUAGGAAGUGUAGCUGCCGUUUUCAUUCGCUGCUCUCAUUGAUAGUAGGUGGUUUUCUUCGACAUCGCAGGACAAGUAAUUCAGCAAAAUUGCCUCUGACAAUGCAAUCGCAGAUUCGAAAGAACAUCCAGCCGUUCUUCCAGUUGAAUGGGAUCAGGACAUCCAUGUCUAGACCCUGUGAGCUCUUGCUGCGUAAAGCCUCCUCCAAUCCCCCAUCCCAAUAUCAGUUUCAUUUUUAAUCAUGCAACACGAAACCGGUUAGGAAGUGUUAAGAUCGUGACCAUAUGUCCGCGUGUGUGUGUAUGUGUGUGAGAGAGAGAGAGAGAGACACAGAGAUAGAGAGAGAGAGAGAGAGAGAGAGAGAGAGAGAGAGAGAGAGAGAGAGGCUUAACGGGCAGAGCUGUACUCAUGUAUUACUGUCUAUCGUCCAUUCUGUGUCAUUAUGAUGUCCGUCCUAUUCCUGCGAUUCGUUUUUCUUCGUCUCGUUUGGUUCUGUUUUCGCCUAUUCUGCGUUUCCAUGAUGUUAAUGCUCCCUCUAUGUGUGUGUGUGUGUGUGUGUGUGUGUGUGUGAGAGAGAGAGAGAGAUGCAGUCAGUCGUCUUGGUAGCAUUUGAACUUGGAUCUUCGCCGAAAGUGUCAACUCGUUCCAUACGAGCGGAUAUUCAAGUUGUAGUAGCUUCCCACUUCGUUAUGCCUUCUAUAGUGAAAAGACUGACUCCAUUAUGCCUUCUAUAGUGAAAAAACUGAGUUCGACAACAACUUCGAUUGCCUUUUGCCACGUGGAGGCGCCCAGCUUUGUCCAACGACAGUCAGUCAAUUCGGUACUUUGUCGGACAUGA